CCUCCCGGGGUGUCCCUCCCCGGCGCCUCGGUGUUGGCUCCAUUCAGUGGCGGGUUCUGCAGUGGACGCAGCUCCGGCGGGCGGGCGCUGCUCUCGCUCAGUAGGAACAGGUCCUCGGCCGGCAUCGCUCAGCGGGCAGCAGCCGCAGGAGGAGGUGCUCCGAGGAGGAGGAGGAGGAGGAGGAGGAGGAUGCUGUCCCGACUGCGCGCGGCCGCCGCGCCCUGCGCCUCGGCGCAAUGGCGCAGCCUGCACACCAAGGAGAAGGGCAAGCCGCUCAUGCUCAACCCCCGCACCAACAAGGGCAUGGCCUUCACCUUACACGAGCGACAAAUGCUUGGGCUGCAGGGACUCCUGCCUCCCAAAAUAGAGACACAGGACAUCCAGGCCUUACGCUUCCACAAGAAUUUGGCAAAAAUGACUGACCCCUUGGAGAAGUACAUCUACAUCAUGGGGAUCCAGGAGAGAAAUGAGAAGCUGUUCUACAGGGUGCUGCAGGACGACAUUGAGCGGUUAAUGCCCAUCGUGUACACUCCGACCGUGGGCCUGGCCUGCUCCCAGUACGGGCACAUCUUCAGGAGACCAAAGGGAUUAUUUAUUUCCAUCUCAGACAGAGGCCACAUAAGGUCAAUUGUGAACAACUGGCCAGAGAACGACGUUAAGGCUGUUGUCGUCACUGAUGGAGAAAGAAUAUUGGGUCUUGGAGACCUGGGGGUGUACGGGAUGGGAAUUCCAGUGGGAAAGCUGUGUUUGUACACAGCCUGUGCAGGGAUACACCCAGAUAAAUGCCUGCCUGUGUGCAUCGACGUUGGGACUGAUAACACGACCCUGCUGAAGGAUCCCUUCUACAUGGGGCUGUACCAGAAGAGGGAUCGCUCGCAGGUCUACGACGACCUGAUCGACGAGUUCAUGGAGGCCAUCACAGACAGGUAUGGCCAGAACACGCUCAUCCAGUUCGAGGACUUCGGGAACCACAAUGCUUUCCGCUUCCUGAGGAAGUACAGAGAGAAGUACUGUACCUUCAAUGAUGACAUCCAAGGGACAGCCUCGGUGGCCUUGGCAGGACUGCUGGCAGCCCAGAAAGCCACUGGGAAACCACUUACAGACCAGAAAGUGCUGUUCCUUGGAGCGGGAGAGGCCGCCCUGGGAAUUGCCAACCUCAUUGUCAUGGCCAUGAUGGAAAGCGGCGUUUCCCACGAGGAGGCCUCCAGGAGGGUGUGGAUGUUUGACAAGCACGGCUUGCUGGUCCAGGGCCGAGAACAGAAGGUGGAUUCCCACCAGGAGCCGUUUGCACAUCAGGCUCCAGAGGACAUACCAAAGACAUUUGUAGAGGCAGUGAAUGUACUUCGGCCUUCAGCUAUCAUCGGAGUUGCUGGGGCAGGGCGUCUCUUCACGCAGGACGUGCUCAAAGCCAUGGCGUCCAUCAACGAGCGGCCCAUCAUAUUCGCACUGAGCAACCCCACGGUGAAGGCUGAGUGCACAGCAGAGGAGGCCUACACGCUGACAGAGGGCCGGUGCCUGUUUGCCAGCGGCAGCCCCUUCGAGCUGGUCACUCUGAAGGAUGGAAGGACCUUCAAACCGGGCCAAGGAAACAACGCUUACAUCUUUCCAGGCGUGGCUCUGGCGGUGAUCCUCAGCAGCGUCCGGCACAUCAGUGAUAAGGUUUUCCUGGAGGCUGCCAAGGCAUUGGCAGAACAGUUGACAGAUGAAGAGCUUGCACAAGGAAGACUUUAUCCUCCACUGUCCAAUAUCAGGGAAGUUUCUAUUUAUAUUGCUGUUAAGGUGAUGGAGUUCCUGUACGCCAACAACAUGGCCUUCCACUACCCCGAGCCGGCCGACAAGAACCGCUACAUCCGCUCCAAGGUCUGGACCUACGAGUACGAGUCCUUCAUGCCCGACGUGUACGACUGGCCCGAGUCCAAGGUGCACUGACGCAGCCCCGCGCCCGCUCCUCAGGCAGCGCCGCUACUCUGCAGGGAUCCCCUCCUCAGACCAACUGUAAUCAUGAUCUGUCACUCCUCUAAUUUAUUUGCGCUCAUUUCGUUGCCUUUUUUUUGGGUUUUUUUCCCCCCCCUUACGCCCUGUUUUUCACCUGAUUUCUCCCAAGUACCUGAUGAACUGUACGGAUGAUCUGCCACAGGGAUGAGAGAGCCCUCCAAAAUCGAUUUAAACAAUAACAUUGCACUUCUAGCUCAGAGCCAGCACCACUCCAAAUUCCAUUAAUGAUAUUUUAGCUAUGUGCGUUUGAUGAUAAACUGUAGCUCUCUCAUCGCUGCUGAUCUCCAGAAUUAUUUAUUUCUGCCUUUAAUAAUCAGUCUUCUAAUUGUCCUGGUGUUGUCACGCUGCAUUUGCUGUGACAUCAAGGGAGACCACUUGUCUAGAAAAAAACAAAAGGGCAGUUAAAGACAACUUCAGGAGUCUGAUGGGCCUUCAGUUUUGUUUAAUGUUUAGAGAUGCACAUGUCCAGACACCCUUGUGGCAUUGGCUGCUGUUUCCUUGAGGAGCAGCGAGAUGUACACGUGUGGAGUCUGCAGCAAAGUUUGCAGCUUUGUUUUCAUCACUCCGUGAAAUCUGUUCUCAGGAAAAAUGUGAGCUAGUUCAAAUUGUUCUUGGGAAGCCUGAAAAUAAUACUAACCACUUAAUAGCUUUUAAAAACGAAGCCAUGCUGUCACAGAAUAGAUUUUAUUGGGUAGAGGUAGGACCUGAAGUAAUUUAUGGAAAUCUUUUUGAGAUUUUACUAGGAGAUUUUAAGCAGUGGACUGCAAAAUGAUGCACCAAAGGAUCUUUACCUAAUUUUUAAUUUUUUUUUUAAUUUUUUCAAGAUUCUGUUUUGUUUAAGCCAGGUUGUUUUCUCCCUUGUUCUCACAAAAAGACUCGUGUGUGAUGUUUUGUGACAGAGCUGACUGGAAAGCUCCAAAGUGGACUCCCUUGGAGCCAGCAUCCCGUAGGCAGCUGCUGGGGGCUGGAGCAGGAAUGUUGUCAGGCAGCCUUUCACACGAGUCUGGCUGAAUGCUCCUGAGGCCUCGGUCCCGAAUGCUCCGGUCAGUGUGAGCACUGGACCCAAAAGAGGCAGCCUGUGGCUGCCCACGUGUGCUCCCUGCAGUGAGAGCAGCCACGUGCCAGGAGCAGAAAUAAAGAUACCGGGCUGCUCCAGCUGGCUGCAGCAAGGCAGGAGAAGGACAGGAGUAAAUAAACAGGCAGUGCUGUGCUGGCAGACAUCAUCCAAAGAGGUAAAGCAAAGCUUGCUCAGGAUUUACCCAUGGCAAGCACUGCUCCCGUAUCCUCAGUUACACAGGAAAAUGCAGUCUCCACAGAACAGGCCAGGACAGAGCAGGGAGAAUGGUCUCAGUACCCCCUCAGGCGCCUCCAGCCUCAUCUCUGGCUCUGAAAUUGUAUUCACACAAAGAACAGUAAACUUUGGGAAGGUGCUGCCUGUGUGGGGAAAGAAGACUGAUUAUAUAAACACAGAAAAGAGUGAUGUGGGGAAGAACCUGUGGUGUUCAAGCUGUGGUAAAGUGUUGUGUGGUGGGGCUGGAAGUGCUUCACUGCUGAGUGCUGGCAUGCACACGGGCAGGAGCUUGCACUUGCAAGUGAAUGUACAAAAGACACCAACACACACACACACAGGAUGUUUUUACAAAGAGUGCUUUUUUCAUCUAUUUUUGCUAUGCCUUGUUUGUAUCGUAUUUAAAUUAGCGAUCUUACUGAAAGAGA